AACCAAAGUGCAGAUUUCUUAGCUAUGGUAGCGAUUAUUGAUCUUCCAGCCGUGGUGAUUCAAAAAAUAUGCGAUUUUUUGUCAAUUGAUGAUGUUAUUUCUAUGACUGGUUCAUGCGAUGCAAUCGCCAAGUCAAUAAAUCAAAAAUCUUUUUGGUUAAGACGUCUUUCCAGAAACAACAAUGGGGAAUACUCUUGUAUUCCAGGAAAGCAAAUUAAUUGGAAGGAUGUUUGCAUUGCUCAUGAAACCAUUGAGCGUUGGUUCUCGGGUGACUCUAGUAACCUUAUGCAUCUAACAGGUCGACACUACACCGCCCAUUGCAUCGAUGCAAUACAGAUACUGAAACCUCCAAAUCAAAACCUAUUUGCAGUUGGAGAUCGCGGUGGAACUCUUUCACUAUUGUCCCUCAAGUCCCUUCUUGGCGAAGAGGAACCCAAGCCCAUAUACACUGAUGCUCAAGCACACAAUGGCUGGAUUUGGACUAUUUCUAGUGACAGUAAUGUGAUAGCCACUGGUUCAUGGGAUCGUCAUUUGCGGGUGUGGACGAUGGACAAUGCGACUGUGGAUCUGCUUUCUCAGUACAGAAUGAACUCCGUGGUUCUCUGUUCCGAUUUUGUCGAUCCAAAUCUCGUAGCCAUUGGGACAUUCCACAGGGAACUGGCAGUUUUUGAUUUUCGAGCGCCAAGUCAGCAUUCCGCCCUCUCAAACACUUAUCACCAGGGCACAAUUCUUUGUCUCAAAUCUCUCUACGGGCUUUACAGUGAUAUGGAAAGUCGCCUGUCUAGUGGGUUCCCUUCUACCACCACGCUAGACUUCAGUGAUGCAGAUUCCAUGAUUUCCACUAUGGGUGAUGUCAGCAUACACGAACCUUCAGUAAAUAACAGUUUGGAAGCGCGGAGUUCGCUCUCUUCGGUGGUUUCCGCUGGCGAUGCGGAUGUUUUGCCACCGCCGUCGCAAAAUGUUGCCUUCUAUAGCGGUUGUAAAGGUGGAAUACUGGCAGCAUGGGACCUCCGCAAAUUCAGCAAACCUAUUGGUGAACAUAAGGUAUUUGAGGCCAAGGUUUUUACUUAUUUACAUAUUAGUAGGAGGCAAUUUCGAGACGUUUUUAAUGUUUGGGAAAAAUUCUUCAUCUUCGAGUCACUAAUGUCUCCCACAUCUGAUCCAAAUUAUCGGUUGUAA